AUGGACCUCAAAGUAGAAUCAGAAGAAAUGGACUGCAAAAAGCCACCCGCUAUUGAAGUUUUUGCGCACAACUCAACGCUGCACGGAAUUUCGCACAUCUUCACCUAUGAGCGAGUCUGCGUCAAGCGCUGUCUAUGGGUCGUGUUCUUCCUGGGCUCCUUGACUUUAUUACUGUUUGUGUGCGUGGACCGUAUACACUUCUACCUGGAGUAUCCGCACGUCACCAAACUGGACGAGAUCUCGACCCCGAUGAUGGUGUUCCCCGCUGUCACGUUCUGCAACCUAAACUUUUUCCGCUUCAGUCACGUGACACGCAAUGACCUGUACCACGCAGGGGAGCUGCUCGCGCUGCUCAACCAAAGAUAUGAAAUUAGGGACACCCACCUGGUGGAGGACAGUGUUCUGGAGGCCCUGAAGGACAAAGCUGACUUCCACAACUUCAAGCCCCGCCCAUUCAACAUGCGCGAGUUCUAUGACCGCACAGGACAUGACAUCAAGGACAUGUUGCUGGCGUGUCACUUCCGGGGGGCCGAGUGCAGUGCCGAUGACUUCCAAGUGGUGUUCACUCGCUAUGGGAAGUGUUACACGUUCAACGCGGGGGGUGAGGGCCGCACCCCUCUCAUAACUACCAAGGGAGGGAUGGGUAAUGGGCUGGAGCUCAUGCUGGACAUUCAGCAGGAUGAGUACAUCCCUGUGUGGGGAGAGACGGAUGAGACCACGUUUGAGGCUGGGAUCAAAGUUCAGAUCCACAGUCAGGAGGAGCCUUCCUUCAUCGACCAGCUGGGCUUCGGGGUGGCACCUGGGUUUCAGACCUUUGUUUCCUGCCAGGAACAACGGCUGAUAUAUUUGCCCCCACCCUGGGGGGACUGUAAGGUGACACGGAUAGACUCAGAAUUCUUUGAGUCCUACAGCAUCACCGCCUGCCGUAUCGACUGUGAGACGCGCUACCUGGUAGAGAACUGUAACUGUCGCAUGGUACAUAUGCCUGGAGAUGCCCCAUACUGCACCCCUGAGCUGUACAAAGAGUGUGCUGAUCCAGCUCUUGACUUCCUGGUGGAGAGAGACAACGAUUUUUGUGUGUGUGAGACUCCGUGCAACAUGACCAGAUACAGCAAAGAGCUGUCCUUCGUCAAGAUCCCCAGCAAGGCCUCUGCCAAGUAUCUGGCCAAGAAAUACAACAAGUCAGAGCAAUACAUAGCUGACAAUAUCCUGGUUCUGGACAUCUUCUUUGAGGCUCUAAACUAUGAGAUGAUCGAACAGAAGAAAGCCUAUGAAGUAGCAGGACUUUUAGGUGAUAUUGGUGGUCAGAUGGGUCUUUUCAUUGGAGCCAGUCUCCUCACUAUUCUGGAGCUGUUUGACUACAUCUAUGAGGUGAUAAAGUACAAGCUCUGUCGACGCUCAGAGAAGAAACACAAGCACAGCAACAACGACCAGGGAGCUGUUCUGAGCCUGGACGAUGUGAAAUGUCACUCUCUCCGUGACAAUUCCCAUCCACCACCUCCAUACUCUGCCAAUAUGCUACCUUAUCACACAGAGCGGAGCAACUCAGAGGACUUCACCUGCUGAGCCAAUUAGAACACAAGGUAGUAAGGAAGUGGAGCAUUUCAGUUUCAUUCAGAAGUAGACAGAUGUCAGAGUAUAAAGCUUAUUUGUACAGAAUCUUGAUGAUGGGUAAUGCGUAACACUUCAAUAGCACUUAGAUCUCCACUGGUGCAAGAUUAGUGAUAGCCACGUAUAGCUUGCUUGAUGAUAAUUACUGCAGCCCACAACGUCAUUGAAACUUGCUAUUUCAUCCCAUGUAUACUGAGCAAAUAUUUAGUCUAAACAUGUAACAAUUUCAAAAUGUUUAAUGAGUUACAGUUCAUAUAAGGAAAUCAGUAAAUUGAAAUAAAUUCAUUAGGCCCUAAUCUACGAAUUUCACAUGACUGGGCAGGGUAGCAGCCAUGG